AUAUUUGCCCAGAGACAGAGAGAGAGAGAGACACCAAGACAGAGACAGAAACAACAUAGAAGGAAUAUCGACGGGGAGGAGCCGGAGUCGAAGUAGGAGUUGGUGUCGUGGUUGGUGUGGUGUGGUGCUUUUACCAUGGUGAGUACGAAUCUGGUGGUGCCAGUGGUGUUGUGGGGCCCCACAGCGCCCACCCAUUGCAUUUCGAGCGUCUUUCUAUCGGACGAUCAAUGUACACUGGUCACCGGCUGCUACGAUGGACAGAUUUGCCUGUGGCAAGUGGAGCCAGCAACAUUAAAGAUGUCACCGCGUUGCCUCCUUGUUGGGCACUCGGCACCGGUGCUGUGCCUGGUGCGAGCCUCACUGCUUCCCGAAAAUAACUUUCUUGUCAGCUCAUCGGAGAACGGUGAGAUGUGCACUUGGGAUCUGAUCGAUGGCAAAUGCACCGAGGCCGUUAAAUUGCCGCAGGUGCACACACAAAUCCAGAGUUAUCACACGGCAAACAGUGAGGAUGUGCGUCUCUUUUGCAUUGGCUACUACGCCGAAAUUAUGGUCAUGGAUCCAUUCAGCCUGGAGGUGAUCUAUGUGCUCAGCUCCAAAGUGAAACCCGAUUGGAUCUCAGCCAUACAUGUGCUGCGUCCGAUGCGUCGCAAAGAUGAUGUCGUUCUGGCCAUCACCACCACCGGCACGGUGAAAGUCUGGACUCUGACGGGCAAUGAGAACAAGCAUGCGGAGCCCAUCUAUGAGAAUGAAUCGAAAGAGAUACGCUGCCUGAAUGCGAUCACAAUGAAUUGCUGUGCACAGAAUCAGCGCACCGUUCUCCUCGUCUGCACCAAAUAUUGGCAAAUCUAUGAUGCCGGUGAUUUCACUGUCCUCUGCUCCGUGAUAGCACCAGCUCGCGAACGUUGGCAAGGUGGCGAUUUCAUCACAUCGGAUCGCGUCAUGCUCUGGACAGAUGAGGGAAAGGGCUAUUUGUACAAGCUGCCCGCCAAUUGUAUACCGGAUAACAAGGAGUUCCACUCGAAGAGCGUUGUCCGCGAUGCCCCAUAUCUGUACUAUGUGCUGCAGCAUGCCGGCGAUAAGGUGCUCUCCUGUCCGCCGGCUAUGAAGCUUUUGACGGGAUUGCAACCACAUUUUCUAUUGCGCGGCGACUCUGAGGGUUAUAUAUCCGUGUGGAAUGUGCCGGAGGUGCCUUUGGAUAAUAUUAGCAUACUGCAGGCGAAGCAAAUGCCGCCACGCAUCCAGAAGCCACAUGUGUGCACCUCAUUGGUGGAGGCAUGGUCAAUUAUGGAUCCACCGCCUGUGGGCAUACUCGACCAGCUGUCGAGGAUCACAGAGUCACCGGUGAAGCUAACAUCGAGUAUUUAUUUGCCACAGCAAAGUCGUUUGGUCAUUGGACGCGAAGAUGGCAGCAUUGUCAUUGUGCCAGCAACACAAACGGUCAUGAUGCAGCUGCUCGUUGGUAUUAAACAAAACUUCAGUGAUUGGCCAUCGCAUCAGACACUCUAUGGACAUCGUGGACGCGUCAAUUGCCUACUCUGUCCAUCGAUGGUGCACCCACGUUAUGAGAAAUCACAUUUGUUGUCGGGCGGCAUUGAUUUCGCUGUCUGCCUCUGGGAUUUGUACAGUGGCAGUCUGUUGCAUCGCUUCUGUGUGCAUGCCGGUGAGAUAACACAGCUCCUUGUGCCGCCCGAGACGUGCAGUCCACGCAUACUCAAAUGCAUUUGCUCGGUGGCAUCGGAUCAUUCGGUGACCUUGGUCAGUUUGCAGGAGCGCAAAUGCGUUACGCUCGCCAGUCGUCAUCUGUUUCCUGUGGUGACCAUUAAGUGGCGACCACUGGAUGAUUUCCUCAUUGUUGGCUGCUCCGAUGGCAGCGUUUAUGUGUGGCAAAUGGAAACGGGCCAUUUGGAUCGUGUCCUUCAUGGCAUGCUUGCUGAGGAGGUGCUCUCUGCCUGCGAUGAACAGGCGCUGGAGGAUUGCGGUGGUGGUGGUUCGGGCAGCAGCAGCAGCGGUGGUGGCGCAAAUUCAGCCAGUGAAAUGGGCAUGGCCAAUCCGGCGGUGCAUUUCUUUCGUGGUCUCAAGUCGCGCAAUAUGAAUGCAAUGCGGCAUGCCACACAGCGUGGCAUCCAUCAGCUGCAACAGCUUCAGGGACACAAUCAGGGCAACUUUGAUUUCCUGAUGAAGCAUCGCAGCAAUCCGCUGGUCAUCCAGGGCUUGCGUACCAAUCCCAAGGAUGCAGAGAGUCACAUACUCUUCUUCGAUAUCGAGGGAUUGAUAUUUGAGCUGCACAGCGAGGAAUAUGCACAGAUGACGCCCGCCACACUGGAGGCACUCGGUGUUCACUUGCAGAAUCCCAAGGAUGGCAAAUCGAUGCACAUUGAUGCGAGCAAAAAGAUCGGCGACUUCUUUAGCAAGGUCAAGAACAAGGCUGUCGAUGUCGAGAAGAUACUCAAGGACAAGGACAAGCACGGACUUGUCCAGAAGUUCAAGGAGAAAACGGAAAUUGUUGAGAAGAAGGUGCAGGCCAAGGUGGAGAGCCUGCAGAAGGCUGUCGAAACGCACGAGGAACACCAGCCGCAGGAUCUAAGAAGUAAAAUUGCAUCCAAAAUGGAGGUGACACAUGUUAUGGAAGUGGCACAACUGUUGCUCUCAUUGCUCCACUCCUGGGGCCUCGAUCCGCAUCUGGAUAAGGUGUGCGAAUCCCAAUUGGGAUUGUUGCGUCCCAUUGUGCCCAUCUCGUACGGUGUGCUCUCCAAGGCCGGCUAUAUGUCGCUGUUGUUGCCGACCUGGCAGAAUAACUAUGCCAUACCGCCUGGCCUGCUCCAGUUGCCAUCCAGUUCAAAGAAGCGUCCGCUGCCCGAAGAACUACAGCGUCUGGAGCACUUGACGGCCAUAUUCACAUCGCGCCUACACUGGGAGCUAAGCACCACACUAACCUCGAAUCACAUACUGGCCCUGGUGGCCAUGUCCAAUACGCUGAUGUCGAUGAGCGCCGCCUCAUUUCUGCCCGACAGCGAGAAGCACAAGAAGCUGCAGCGUCUGGCCCAACGCGCCGAAUCGACGCUCAGCAACGAGGAGGAGCGUGAGGAGCUGCUCGCCCAUCACACCUCACAGAUCAAACAGGGCUGGAGUCUGCUGUCCACGCACCAUUGCUUUCUGCUGCCCGACAAGAUUGAGGCGCUCGAACCAAAGAAAUUUAAGCGUCCCCAGGUCGAGAUGAUGGUCAAGCGUUGGCAGCAUCAUUGCAUCGAGAUACGCGAGGCAGCGCAGCAGAUCUUGCUCGGUGAGCUGACGCGCAUGGGCAAAAAGGGACGCAAACAGUUGGUCGAGAGCUGGGCACAAUAUCUGCCCCUCUACACGCACACGGAACCGAUUGUCAAUGCACAACAGGUUGCGGCCAUGACUAACACUCAGGCGGGUGUCGGCGUUGGCGGUGCUGGUGGCUCCAGUGCCGGCAGCAGCUCCCUCAUGGGCAACGGCAGCAACUCGAUCGCGUCUGGUCAGUCUGGUGGUGUUGGUGGCAUCAAUGCUGGCGUUGGCGGCAUCUCUGCCGAUCAACAGGACGAGGACUAUGAAGAGGAGGAGGAGGAGAUCAUACGCAAGCCGUCCAGUCUGUCCGAGCUGAAGCGCAAACAGACAACCGCUGUCAUACUUCUGGGCGUUAUUGGCGCCGAAUUUGGACAGGAUAUAUCACAGGAGUCACCCAAUCAUCGCGGCAGCAUUAGUCACACCACCGGCGAACGACGUAAAUCCUCAUCCGUUGUCGAGGGCUUCGGCAUAGCGAACAAUUUGGCCCGUCUCACCUCGAUGGCGUUGGCCCAUCUGCUGUAUGCACCACCAUCACCGAAGCUGCCGCAAUAUACGCCGUUGCGUCGGGCGGCCAUCGAUUUGCUGGGCCGUGGCUUCACCGUCUGGGAACCCUAUUUGGAUGUAUCGAAAGUGCUGCUCGGCCUGCUAGAGAUUUCGUGCGAGGGCAAAGCGGUGCCCAAUCUAAAUUACAAAUUGCCGUUGACACCGCAAGCGGAUGCGUGCCGCACCGCACGGCAUGCGUUGCGUCUAAUCGCAACCGCUCGACCGGCAGCGUUCAUUACGACGAUGGCCAGGGAGGUGGCACGCUAUAAUACGAUGCAACAGAAUGCCCAAUCGAUGAAUGCACCGCUGACGCAAUCUGUGCUGUACAAGGCCAAGAGCGAGAUACUCCAGUGCGUUGAGAUGCUGAUCGAUAAGAUGCAAUCGGAGAUCGCUGGCCUGCUCGUUGAGGUCAUGGACAUUGCGCUGCAUUGUGUAGAUAGCAAUGAGUUGAAGAGCCGCGGCUUGGCUGAACUCUGUCCAGCCAUUUGUAAGUUCAAUCAAAUCUCGCAUUGUGCACAGACACGUCGCAUCGCUGUUGGCGCGAACAGCGGCAAUUUGGCCAUCUAUGAGCUGAGGCAGAAUAAAUGCCAGAUGAUACCGGCGCAUACGCAUCCGAUUACCUCGUUGGCCUUCUCGCCUGAUGGCAAAUAUCUGGUGUCCUAUUCGUGUGCCGAGAAUCGAUUGUCCUUCUGGCAGACGAGCACCGGAAUGUUCGGUCUGGGACAGUCUCAGACACGCUGCACCAAAGGCUAUUCGACGGCGCCGAUUCCGGAUGUGUCGCGUCUGAAUCCGAUGCGAUUGGCCAAGCUCGUUUGGAUUAAUAAUCGUGUUGUUACGCUCAUGCUGGCCGAUGGCUCCGAGACCAGAUUCAAUGUCUAGAGAUCACCACCAACAACAACAACAAUAACAAUUGCGACAAUAACAACUGCGACAAC